UGAUAUUUCGAGUGAAUGUGACGAGGUGGGAGCGGGCGGAGAUUUCAAAGGUGACGUUCGUUUUUCAGACAUUUAUUGUCUUGGAGAUGGGCCGAUUGUAUGCGACAAUAAUGAGCACCCACCGGGCCGAGCGCCAAAACCACGGAGGCGGUCGGUAUACCCGCCACCAGGCUGUUGGGAUGCUGAUAUGCACAGUACUCGCUUGCAGUCACAAACCUCCGAUAUGGAUCGACAAUAAGUACAUCACAUCGACGGACCCACGACGUGGAUGCUGAUUGCCUUGGAAGCGGCCAAAGCAGUAGAAGGCAUCUGAACGUACUGGAGCUGGCACCUUCACCACGAUGCCUCAAUCCAUCUGUUCGAUCUUGUUUCGCGUGCUGUGUCGAUAUCGAUUGACUAGUGCCAUACACGGCGGCCGAAAGAGAGAAAAAAAGAAAAGGAUUGAUUCGCAAGCACUUAUCGUCAACCGCUAUCACUGAUUUGGGCCUUGCUCGUUGCUCCGGACUCCGCGCAUCCUUAGAUGCCCGCGCCUAGACCUAUCAGGCCUGCGAUGGCAUCCUCAGCAGCAAUAAGCACUGGUCAAGUGUCUUCCAGGGUCUCCAUGUGAUUGUUUGCUGGCUCAAUCUUCUCAGCGUUUCCCGUAUCAGCCAACAACUCCGCCGCCUCCUGUCUAGCCUCCUGUUCUUGCAAAGUCCAGCAACCUCCUCUCUCUCCCCUCCUCCUCUUCGUCGAGCUUGUUCCGACUAGCAGAUGCUCUAUAUGCUUUACGUCGAGUCGUACGCCAACGGAUGUCCUCUUGUACGUAGCAUAUCGGCUACUACAUAGACGCCGUGGGUUACAGCCGGGCAAUCAUAGCUGCA